AUGGACGAAGAUACCAAGCUGGCGCUUGAGCGGCAGAAACAAAUAAACGACAUCAGCAACUAUAAGAAACUCGAGAAGAUCGGAGAAGGAACAUAUGGCAUCGUCUACCGCUGCAAAUACCUUCCAACAGGACAAACUGUUGCAAUGAAAAAAUUUCGUCUGGGAGACGAGGAAGAAGGAAUUCCGCCGACAAGCGUUCGCGAAAUCUCCCUGCUCAAAGAACUGAAGCACCCGAACAUAGUCGACUUGAUCACGAUUUUGGUGGAAAAGGAGAAAAUCUAUCUCGUGUUCGAAUUCAUGCCCAUGGAUCUCAAGCAAUAUCUCGACUCCCUCAAAAACGGAGGAAAAUGCAUGCGCGAAAAACUCGUUCGAUCAUACAUGUUUCAGCUUGUUUGUGGCUUGUCAUUUUGCCAUAGUCGUCGAAUACUCCAUCGUGAUCUGAAGCCACAAAAUCUUCUGAUCGACGAAUCUGGCAACAUCAAACUUGCUGAUUUUGGCCUCGCUCGCGCUGUUUCCAUUCCUGUCCGCGUCUACACCCACGAAAUCAUCACCAUGUGGUACAGAGCGCCGGAAAUUCUUCUCGGUCAAAAGAACUACUCUACGCCCGUGGAUGUCUGGUCCUUAGGCGCAAUCUACGCAGAAAUGACGACAUGCAAGGCCCUCUUCCCUGGCGAUUCGGAAAUCGAUCAAAUGUUCAAAAUCUUCCGCAUUUUGGGAACGCCGAGCAAAGACUGCUGGCCCGAGGUCGAAAACUUGCCCGAUUUCAAAGUCGAGUUCCCGCAGUUUCCGCCGAUCGGCAUCCUGAAUCGACUGAAAGAGCAAAACAAAAACAUCGAGCUUUGCAAAGAAGGACUUGACUUGAUGACGUCGUUCUUGCAUUACGAUCCAAAGAAACGAUUGUCCAUGCGCAAGGCCUUUGACCAUCCAUACUUCGACAAGCCACACUUGGACCGAAAGAUGUACCAGGCAAUGCGAUGCCCUGUGGUCCCCGACUACACGAAACCAGACGCGAAUACAGGGGCGCUGAACCUGAACACAUCGCUCAAUUCGAUGGAACAGUAA